AUGAGGCUAUCACCCAGUUUGCUUGGACUUGUCUCCCUUGUGGGAACUUGCGUUGCGGAUGGAGCAGCUAUCGCAGCAGCGCUUGGCGUCAUCAGCGCAGAUACUAUCUCUCUGAAUCAAACUGUUGCGUCCUGGCCGGGAGACAUUCUAGGGGCCUUGCCCAUCACCGUCCAGUCUACAACUCUACUCAUCGACAUCAACAAGGCCACUGGCAUUGCCGAAGACUCUGCCGCACUCAACGAUACCGAAACUUUGGCAAUUGCAGUCACCACAGCCGACUUGAUCACAGACACCAACUCAACCCUGACGGAGAUUAUAGCAGCGAAGCCAAAGUUCGAUAAAUUGCUUCUCAGCCCAAUCAUCUAUCUGACCUUGAGCUCACAAAAGGACGCUAGCGGAAAGCUGAGUUCAGCAAUUGCAGAGAAGGUUCCGGAGGCAUAUCAAACGGUUGCUGAUGCUCUCGGAGCGGAACUAGCUGCAUCUUUCGACGUAGCUCUCGAUGCUUAUUCCUUUCUGUGA